AUGCAUGCUGGCGGACGCCCCCUUGCAUCACUGAUCAUUGAUCAAGACAAUUUUGACAUCGCUGUUGAGACUACACAGGAUCUUGGUUCACCCUUCGCAUGGGCACCUCCGCUCUCGACAAAGCCUCGUGAUGCAGACGACCUUCUUGCUGGAGAUCACGAGGAUGGAAAGGAUGAGAGCUUUGAUGGAGUUGAAGUGCUCGAGAAAAAGGUUUUGGCGAAUUGGAUCGGGUUGAACACGGAAUGAUUCCACGAGCCAUUCUAGAUGGGGUUGAGGUAGUUAGUUACAAUGGCGAGGAUGACGGAUGGGACGAGGCAACACUGAUGUCGCCGUUAGGAAUGUUAUACACAUCACGAUAGUCUGGUUCUGCCGCCCCGGAAAACAACCAGUUUUGCUGGCAGUUCUGCUCCUUAUACUAGUUCCAUGGGAGUGGUUUGGCGUAUCGAUUUUAUUUUCAUUGCGAACAUCACUCGCUGAUGAGUCCAAUGUGAGUAGGGAACGCCUCUGAACAAGCUGAAAAUUUUGACGGCAGCACUACACGGAGUGAAAAAGGAAUAAUAUAUGGUUGACGAUGAAUCGAGAUGUUGAUGUGACGACGAAAAGGAUCCCGGAAUAGUGG